AAGAUAGCCUCAAAUAAUAUAACCUCAAAAAAGAUUAACCGCUUAAUUAUGCUAAAUGGAUUAUUUAAACAAAUUUCUAAACGAUAUUUUUGUAACAAACCCGCAACCACAACAAUCAUGAAAUAUUUAAACGUAGCCGAAAAAAACGACGCCGCUAAAAACAUAGCUGCUAUAUUAUCAAGAGGAAAUUCCACACGAAGAGAAGGUUUAUCGACGUAUAAUAAAAUUUACGAAUUCGACGCGACCGUAAACGGUCAACAAUCCCGAAUGGUUAUGACUUCGGUUUCAGGACACCUUUUAAACUACGCUUUCGCCUCAAGCUUUAAAAACUGGAAAUCGUGUAGCCCCUUAGCACUAUUUGACGCGCCUAUUUCAAAAAUUUGCCUCGAAGAUUACACCCGUAUUAAAAAAACGUUAGAACGAGAAAUCCGUAGUUGCCAAGGUUUAAUUAUUUGGACGGAUUGCGAUCGAGAAGGCGAAAACAUCGGGUUCGAAAUAAUCCAAGUUUGCACCCAAAUCAAGCUAAACCUGCGGAUUUUACGCGCGAAAUUCUCCGAAAUUACCGCUCAAUCGGUGUUUCGAGCCUUAAAUAAUUUGGGGGAACCAAAUAAGCGAGUAAGCGAUGCUGUUGAUGUUCGAAGCGAGCUCGAUUUACGAACGGGGGCUGCGUUUACGCGAUUACAAACUUUGCGUUUACAAAAAGUCUUUCCAAGACAUUUAGCUGAUAAAUUAAUUAGUUAUGGGUCGUGUCAAUUUCCUACUUUGGGGUUUGUUGUGGAUCGGUACAAAGCUAUCGAAGAUUUUAUCGCCGAAUUAUUUUGGAGGAUUAAAAUGAAUCACACUGUUAAAGAAUUAACGACCGAUUUUAAUUGGAAACGUGAUAGGUUGUUUGAUAAAAAUGCUGUUGAAGCUAUUUUAUCUAUUUGUAAAGAAAAUCCUUUGGCUAGGGUUGAAUCUGUUGAAAGUAAACCAAAAAGUAAAUGGAGGCCUUUACCUUUGGAUACAGUUGAAAUGGAAAAGAAUAUUUCGAGGAAAUUACGAAUAACAGCAAAGGAUGCGAUGAAAAUCGCCGAGAAAUUAUACACGCAAGGUUUUAUCAGUUACCCCAGAACUGAGACGAAUAUUUUCCCGAAAGAAUUAAAUUUAGCGACUUUAGUUGAAAUGCAAAGAGGGGAUACCCGAUGGGGGGGUUUCGCCGCAAGAAUAAUAGAAGAAGGGGGCCCCAACCCAAGAUAUGGAAAAAAAUCGGAUCAAGCUCACCCCCCAAUUCAUCCCACAAAACACGCCCCAAACCUCACCGGAAACGACCAACGCGUCUACGAAUACAUCGUAAGACACUUUUUAGCUUGCGUCAGCAAAGACGCCCUUGGCCAAGAAACAAUCGUCAACGUAGAUAUUUCCAAUGAAAAAUUCACCGCGAAAGGACUCGUAAUUUUAGAACGAAACUAUUUGGACGUUUACAUUUACGAGAAAUGGAACGCAAAAGAAAUUAACGAUUAUAAAAGAGGGGACACCUUCAAUCCGACCGAAUUAGACAUCGUGGAAGGGGUAACUUCGCCCCCAAAACUCCUCACCGAAGCCGAUUUAAUCGCUUUAAUGGAAAAACAUGGAAUUGGAACUGACGCGACCCAUGCGGAACAUAUCGACACGAUUAAAUCACGAGAUUAUGUAGGGUUACAACAAAAUACUUAUUUCGUUCCUGGUAUUUUAGGGAUGGGGUUAGUUGAGGGAUAUGAUAGUAUUGGUUUGGAAAUAUCAUUGGCGAAGCCUCAAUUGCGAGCUGAGUUUGAAAACGAUUUAAAAUUAAUUUGCGAGGGGCGAAAAGACCCAGAUGAAGUUAGAAGGGAUCAAAUUGCGAAAUAUAAGGCGAUUUAUGAGACGGUUAUGGAUAAAAUGAGGUGUAUUGAUAAUAGCCUCGCUAAUCGACUUAAUGAUCGCCCUGAGGAUUACCAAGAAGAACCCCGCGUCGAGUUUAAACCGGUUCUUAAAUGCCCAAAGUGUUUAAACGACAUGGUUCUUAAAGACAGGGUUAAUCAACAAGGGAAAUAUUUGAGUUGCGUCUCAUAUCCAGCUUGUAACAACGCCAUUUGGUUGUCUAGUAAUGUUGAAAGUGUUGAAGUUUUAGAUGAGACUUGUUUGGAUUGUGGCUCAAACGUUCACAAAUUAAAAAUGAAAUUCAAACAAAACAUUUUCCCCGGAUACCCAAACCCCCGAAUAUUAUGCAUAGGGGGUUGCGACGAAAACGUUUUAACCCCCUUAGACAUCAACAUAAAUAACGUGCGGAGGAGGAGCAUCUCAGAGAACAACGUAAUAACUCGAAACGUCGAAAACUUUUUUAAUAAUCAAAAUUAUCCUACAACUAAUAAUAAUAAUAAUAAUUCAUCAAGAAGAAGUAAAUCAAAAAACACCCGAACCUUUUUAAACACCUCAUCAGGUCGAAAUAAUUCAUUUUUAAACCCCGCGCCAGGUCCAUCAUCUUUGAAUCAAAACGAUGUUGAUGAAAACCUUCAAGUGUUAUGUACAUGUAAUGAAGAUGCCGUUUUACGCACGGUACAAAAAGACGGGCCAAAUAAAGGGAAACAAUUCUAUACGUGCCAAAAAAGUAGUUGCAAUUUCUUUUUAUGGGCCAACAACGACUCAUCGUCAUCGAGAACCUCACUAAACACCACCACAAACUUAAAUAAUCUAAAUAUUAAAUGUAACUGUGAUUUAGCCGCCGUUUUAAGAACGGUUAAUAAAGAAGGUCCGAAUAAAGGGAGGCAAUUUUAUACUUGCCCAAAACCGAUGGGCGAAAAUUGUAAUUAUUUUAAAUGGAGUGAUGAUGUUGGGGAUGGUCGUGGGGGUGAUGGUUGGGGUGGAGGUGGUGGUGGAGGAGGAGGAGGAGGACGUGGUGGU